ACUGCUGUCCAAGCAUGCGAGAUGGUAAAUGUUUAAUCUUUUAAUCAGAGAAAGUUGAGAUAGCUGCUGCUUGUUAGGAGUCAGCUAUGCUACGCACAGGACCAAAAGAAAACCCAGGCCAUGAUAACAGUAACCAGAAGGUUUAUCCACAACCAAUGGAAGAGGCAGCAAAUCGGAAUAAAGAGCCAAUGGAGACCCUGGUAUCAAAAAUAUUCAACAAUAUUUCAUCUUUGAAAGCUGCAUACAUUCAGCUGCAGGAUGCUCAUACUCCUUAUGACCCUGAGAAGAUCCAGGCUGCUGAUAAACUUGUUAUCGAAGAGCUUAUGAAGCUAUCCGAGCUCAAGCAUGCCUACCGAGAGCAAAAACCAAAAGUUGCUGUUUAGACUUCUGUAUUUGCUCUUCAAGAUCCAUAGAAUUCAAAUCCCCAUACCCGUUCUACAUCAUUAGUUC